CCGUCACUCAAUCUGUCUGGCCCCGCCCCUCCUGUCACUCAGCCCGUCCGGCUCCGCCGCGUAACCGCAGGGAUGGUCGCGCUCUGGUUCCAGUGAGCAGGACUCGAGACUCGUGACUUUGGGAACUUCGGGUUCUUGCCAUGGACGCAGAAGCCUGGAGAAUGAGGUGGCUGCUGCUGCUCCUGCUGCUGCUGCUGAACAAGGGAGUGCUGGGGGCUGCGGACUCCCCUCGCCCUCCCAAUAUUGUGCUACUGCUUAUGGACGACAUGGGGUGGGGUGACCUGGGGGUGUAUGGAGAACCUUCCCGAGAGACCCCAAACUUGGACCGGAUGGCAGCAGAAGGGAUGCUUUUAACAAACUUCUACUCAGCCAACCCUCUGUGCUCACCAUCCCGGGCUGCCCUGCUCACAGGCCGACUGCCCAUCCGCAAUGGCUUCUACACCACCAAUGGGCACGCCAGAAAUGCCUAUACGCCACAGGAGGUGGUAGGCGGCAUCCCUGACUCUGAGCUCCUCCUGCCUGAGCUCCUCCGGAAAGCCAACUACACCAGCAAGAUUGUGGGCAAGUGGCAUCUGGGCCACAGACCUCAGUUCCAUCCCCUGAAACAUGGAUUUGAUGAAUGGUUUGGAUCCCCCAACUGUCACUUUGGACCUUAUGACAACAGGGCCAGGCCAAACAUCCCUGUGUACAGGGACAGGGAGAUGGUUGGCAGGUUUUAUGAAGAAUUUCCAAUCAACCGGAAGACUGGAGAAUCCAACCUCACUCAGAUCUACUUGCAGGAAGCCCUGGAUUUCAUCAAGAAGCAUCAGACAGUCCAGCACCCCUUCUUUCUCUACUGGGCCAUUGAUGCCACACACGCACCUGUUUAUGCUUCUAGGCGUUUCCUGGGCUCAAGUCAGCGAGGGCGGUAUGGGGAUGCCGUCCGGGAAAUUGAUGACAGCGUUGGGGAAAUCCUCAGACUGCUUCAGGACCGGGGGAUUGCAAACAAUACAUUUGUUUUCUUCACAUCAGACAAUGGUGCUGCCCUCAGUUCUGCCCCCAAAGAAGGGGGCAGCAAUGGGCCCUUCCUGUGUGGGAAGGAAACCACGUUUGAAGGUGGAAUGCGAGAGCCUGCACUGGCAUGGUGGCCUGGGCACAUUCCUGCAGGCUGGGUGAGCCACCAACUGGGCAGUGUGAUGGACCUCUUCACCACCAGCCUGGCCCUUGCAGGUCUAGAGUUGCCACAGGACAGGGUCAUUGAUGGCCUGAAUCUGCUCCCGGCCAUGCUGCAGGGCCAGCUAAUUGACAGGCCCAUCUUCUAUUACCGUGGCAAUACACUGAUGGCGAUCACUCAGGGCGAGUAUAAGGCUCACUUCUGGACCUGGACCAACUCCUGGGAGGAGUUCACACAGGGCAUUGAUUUCUGCCCUGGGCAGAAUGUCUCGGGAGUCACCACGCACACACAGGAGGAGCACACACUGUUACCCUUGAUCUUCCAUCUGGGACGUGACCCCGGGGAGAGGUACCCCCUCAGUUUUACCAGCUCUGAAUAUCAAGCAGCCCUGAGCAUGCUGGGUCCUGCAGCACAGCAGCACCAGAAAACCCUGAUCCCUGGGCAGCCCCAACUCAACGUGUGCAACCCAGCAGUCAUGAACUGGGCACCACCUGGCUGUGAGAAAUUAGGGAAGUGUCUGACGCCCCCGGAAUCUGUCCCAGAGAAGUGUUCCUGGCCACACUAAUACUCUUAUGGACUCGGGUCAGGCUGAACUGCCUACUGCCCUCCUUGGGGGAAGGAAAGCCAGCGACAGAGUUCCAAUGCUGGAAGAGCCACAACUGCCCUUGUUGUGCCCACAAACCCAGAUGGACAUCACUUGGGCCAGCAGCAGGUCCUGCUUGGCCACUCUUGCCCAAGACCUGGCUCUGAGUCAGUACUUGGCCCUCCUUCUCCCAGCCUGGCCCAGCUAUCUCUGGUCUCUGGCCACACAUCUGCCCUAACUGGACCCCCACUCCUACCCCCACCCUUGAUCUCAGGACUCCUCCCCACAAGCCCCACAUCCUUGAUCACCUUUGAGUCAACAUUGUGACACUGUGGCAGUUCAGUACUGAGUCCCUCAUGCAGUAUGCAGAGGGGCCAAGCCCACGCCGCCCUGUGAUAGGGUGUGAACUGGAGGAAAAGGUUGAAAGCUUCCUUGACCCAGAGCCUUGACAGCCAAGACUUCCCAGCCAGUGGAACACAAGGGUGUUCCACCUAUACCUUCCAGAGGGCAUACUGAGAUGGACUCAGCACUCCACUACCCUCCAUCUAAGGGCUCUCUGUCCAUGUGGUCUCCAGGUCUCAGCCCUGCCUACACCAAAGCUGCAUGGUUGUGAGACUUGGGAAACUGAAGAAGUGGGUUCUAGAAUAAAGUAGAGAUAUCUCA